AUGGAUAAAAUUAUAAUAGAGCAGAUCUACUCUGAUCAUUUUUCCAAUAAAAAAUCGAAUAAGCAAUAUGAAAAUGUAGUUGUGGAAGGUGGUGGACCCAUUGGCCUAUAUGCUACUAUCAAGCUUUUUAUUGAAGGUAUGAACGUAACUCUGAUAGAUGAUAGUUCUGACGAGUACACUCGCAAUCAGUAUAUAUUUGUUGAUCGAAAAUGGAUGUCAGAAUUGCGAUACAUUUUGGGUACUGGAUUUGGUCAACUUUUUGUUGAAGAUAAAUCACUGUUAAAAGACGUUAAUAAUGAUAUUGGUUUUAUUAUUAAAAGCAAAAAUUUGGAAACUGUGUUAAGGGAUAGGUUAAAUAAAUUAAUUGAAUAUAUAAAUAAUCAUGAAGGAAACCAAGAGGCAAAUCAUGACGGAAAAUCAUUUUUAAGAAUUCUUAACAACACAGAGAUUGUUGACAUUAAUUUGACACAGGAAAAGCCUUUGGCAAUUUUGAGAAAAACCAAAAGAAUAACUAAAUCAGAAAAUAUUAUACCGGGGAAACAAAAAGUAUCUUUUAUCAAAAAAUUAAAAUCAAAAUUAAAUUUUAUAAGCAAGAAGAAUAAAAUUAAUAAGGCAAAUGUCAAACUCGAGAAGGCCUUAAAAGACAAUAAAAUAAUUGAAAACGAAAUUGAUGAUCUAAAAGGAAAAUCAAUUGAAACACUAUAUGGAUUUGAGGUUCAAGAAAUUACAUUUGAUUUAUUUUUUUGUGCUGAUAGUAUUAAUGACAAUAUUCGAAAUAAAUUUUUAGGUAACUUUUAA